CAAACAUUCUUCCAGCUUCCCUUGAAACCAUGAUGGCAACACAGUCAAUCCCCCUUGAUUCAUACCCAGAGCAGCCGGAUUGAACACUUGAUGGAUUUGGGAAAUCUGAAGCAGGGAAUUUGGGAAUAUUGGUGCAGGGAAACCCAGUAGUCAGAAGAUUUGUGUUACUGGUCUGAUAAACUGAAUUGACAUGCAAAUUCAACAGCUAAUGACAGUAUGCCAGUCAUACCCCAGAUGUCCAGCAACACUGAAGCAGGUCCAAGCUGCCCCAAGGCCGACCCUGAUGCCUCAAGCCCUGUCCCUGCUGAGUGUCAGACAUCUAUGGAAGCUGACAAAGGAGCCAUUUACAGACAUCCUCUGUUUCCACUCUUGGCUCUCCUGUUUGAGAAAUGUGAGCAGUCGACACAAGGCUCUGAGUGCAUCACCUCGGCAAGCUUUGACGUAGAUAUUGAAAACUUUGUUCGCAAGCAGGAAAAGGAAGGGAAGCCAUUUUUCAGUGAAGAUCCAGAAAUCGAUAACCUGAUGGUGAAAGCAAUCCAAGUGUUACGUAUUCAUCUUUUGGAGUUGGAGAAAGUUAAUGAUCUCUGCAAAGAUUUUUGUAACCGUUACAUUGCUUGUCUGAAAACCAAAAUGAACAGCGAAAACCUAUUGAGCAGUGAUCCAGGAGGUCCUUAUGCAUCUGUUCAAACACAGCUUCCUGUACAGAACACAACCAUCACCACCUUACCUGGCACCAUCAGUCCUCAGGGCAUUGUCGUUCCUGCCUCAGCUUUGCAGCAGGGAAAUGUCACAGUGACGACAGUGAACCCUACUCAAGUUGUAACAGGUGGUGGGGCAGUUUAUCAGCCUGUUACUGUGGUUACGCCUCAAGGCCAGGUAGUGACUCAAACACAUGGCACAAUACGUAUCCAGAAUGCACAGCUGCAGCUGCAACUAAAUCAAGAUGUGAAUGUCUUGCAUCAAGACAGUGAGAAUUCUCCAAAAAACAAACGAGGAGUCUUGCCAAAGCAAGCUACUAAUAUCAUGAGAUCCUGGCUGUUCCAGCACAUUGCGCAUCCUUAUCCCACAGAAGAUGAGAAAAGGCAAAUAGCUGGUCAGACUAACCUUACCCUCCUCCAGGUCAACAACUGGUUUAUCAAUGCUCGCCGGCGGAUUUUACAGCCCAUGCUCGAUGCUAGUAAUCCAGACACUCCACCCAAGGCCAAGAAGAUCAAGACCCAAAGUCGCCCAGUGCAACGAUUCUGGCCAGAUUCAAUUGCUGCAGGGGUAGCUCAGCAACACGUAACCAGUAUUACAGUGUCAGACAGUGCGAUGGUCUCAAUAUCAAGUCCAGUGAAUGUGAAUGUGGACAGUCUGCAGUCUUUGUCGUCUGAUGGAGCAACACUGGCUGUACAGCAAGUCAUGAUGGCCGGACAGAGUGGAGAGGAUUCUGGCAACAGUGUCGAGGAAGAUGACAGUGAUCUGUCUGCAACAAACAUUAGUGGCCUGGCCUUAGACAACAGCGACUCACUGCAGUAGGCCCAACACACAGAAAAGCCAUGAGAAAUGGAAGGAGGACUGGCCAUGUAUUUUUAUUCUUUGCACUCAGUGCAUUUUAUUUCUGACGUAUUUUAUAUAUAGGUAGGAGAGCGCACUUUUCUAUCUCACCUUGUAUUGAAUGAAUGGGGCUCUAAAUACUCUCACAUUGAACUAGCUGUUUUAAUGUGGACAGACAGUAAACGUAUUUCACCGGAUCGAUGUGCAGACUGAAUCAGAAGUGUUUCAACUUCAUGUGUGCUUGGUCUGUUUUAUCCACUUAGAAAUAACUGGCCAUAAUUUUAAAGGUGAUUUGAAGAAACUCUUUACCUAAUUCUCCA